GCGGAGAGCCAAAGCAGGAACAGGUGGGCCUGGUUGCAAAAGAAAAGAGUGAAGAAGAAGGAAGAAGAGGAGGAAGGAAAGAGGGAGGACCUUCUGCAAACCAUGAGGCUCAACCAAGGGCCGGUCACGUCCUUCCAAGCUCCGACAGCAGUGCGCAAAUUCUCCAGCAGCCAGGUUUACCUGUUCCGAAGCGAACGGUCGGAGUCGGAGUCGUCCUCGGAGGAAGAGCUGGAUGUGAUGGAAUUGCGAGCGAGGGGGAAGGAGCUCCAGCAAAGGAACGCUUCCCGCGAGAAAGUCAGGGACACUGUCUUCCUGGAACGAGAAGUCAGGGAAGACGACAGCCUCAACAAGCUGGCCCUGCAGUACGGAUGCAAGGUUGCAGACAUCAAACGGGUCAAUAACUUUAUCCGGGAACAAGACUUGUAUGCUCUGAAAUCCAUCAAAAUUCCCGUCAAGGUCAACGGCGUAUUGACGGAAACGAGAGAAGAGUUGCCACACAGCGCCGCUGUGUCACUGGCUGAACUGCUGGAAGGCAAUGACAGUGACAACAGAGAACCCAUUGAUCAGUAUUUCAGAGGGAUUGACGAGAACAUAGAACAAGCGGCACAAGUGACGCAAGCGACGGUCUCGCCAAGCCCAGACUAUUGCAUUGAAACGCCGGGCUGGUCCCCUCCGCGGCCAAAAGAAGCCACGAGCGGAGCAGAUUGUGGCAUCCAGUGGUGGAACGCCGUCUUCGUGAUGCUCCUUGUUGGAAUUAUUUUGCCUGUGUUUUAUAUUGUCUAUUUUAAGACCCAGAAGCUGGACAUGGCUGGCGAUGCUUCCAACCUGACUGCCAACGGCUCCUUGCACGGGUUGCCUGUGCAUGUCCCCAAAGCGGGAGCAUUCAUCCUAGCCGGAGGAUGAGACCGAGAGACACAAGUGGGCGAGAGACUCCAUGCUUUCGAUGUAAUGUUCUGGAUGAGACUGUAAGUUGUGGGCGCUGAACUUGUAAUGGGGAAACAAGGGCAGAAAUGAGGCCCGGAUAGCGGCCGGUCAGUUAUGGACUCACCCUGUUCAGAAAGGAAGAGGGUGGUGGGAUUUUGGGAAAUGAGAUCUGGAUGAUGGCCGGUGAUGGACGUGCCCUGUUCAGAAAGGAAGAGGGUAGUGGGAUUUUGACAUCUGAAAGGGGUGUGCUGCUGACAUGCCUGUAAAAGUGCACUUCGGCAAGAAGCGGCAGCAGCCUCUGUUAAGGGAAACAAGGUCAGUUUAUGGAAACGAGGAAGGUGGGAAUCCCUUCAUUUGGACUCCCAAUAAACUGCCCACUGCUUUCCCGUAAAGUUAGGCUUUCACUGCCUUUGUCAGGAAGAAACAAAUACCCAAGUUUAUUCCCAAACUAAAUCUAAUCCCUUAAUUCAGCCUUCCCUCCAGGUGUUUAAGGCUUCAACUCCCACAAUUCCUAACAGCCCCAGGGCUUUUCCCUUUCCUUUUCCACUUAAGCAAGGCAUGGGCAAACUAAGGCACGGGGGCCAGAUGCAGACCCUGGAUGCUUACCUGAGGCCCUCCUUAUUUUCCUUGUCCUCUUGGCAUAAGGACAUGGUGGCCCACCAUAUCCUUAUUCCAAAAAGAUGAGGGAGGGAGAGAAGAAGGCACGCAGC